AAAAGGAAGACCGUUCAGGGUCCAGGCUACACACGUGUGUCUUAUUUGCGACUGUGUGCUGCUUUAAUUUGGCUUUCAACAAGGAGAAAGGCUCUCUAAAACUGAACUUGACUUUUACAGUAGCUUCAGAAGUGUUACUUUAAAUGGGCUCAGAAACGGAGGGGAUGCAUUUCCAAGGUUAAUGCUGCAUGUAAGCAACAACGAUGGAUAUCGGGGAUGUUCCGGUGUCGGUUGUGGAUGACAGCCCCGCAUCAAGCCCCAGCCCGGAGCCAGACACGGAUGCUGAAGCGGAACGCAGGCGUUCUGACCCUCUUGGCCGUUCAAGAGUGACCGGCAGAGGGAGGCCGGCAGCGGCUAAUGCCGCCCGAGAGAGGAGUCGAGUACAGACCCUCCGUCACGCCUUCUUGGAACUGCAAAAGACCCUGCCCUCCGUGCCCCCGGACACCAAGCUUUCUAAACUGGAUGUCUUAAUCCUGGCGACUACUUAUAUCGCCCACUUAACCAGAACGCUUCAAGAAGAGGCGGUUGAGGAGGGAGACGGAACUCGACACGCUGAGGUUCUGCAUUCGCUGAAGGGAGUUGGAUACUUGCACCCUGUCAAGAAAUGGCCAAUGAGAUCCAGACUCUACAUUGGUGCCACAGGUCAGUUUUUAAGCACUCCAGUCCAGACAGAAACUGCACACCAAGGAGAAACAUCAUCUGCUUCAAAGCCUUAAUUUCUCUUCUUUCUGCCUUCUGUACAUAAAUGCUGAGGCUUAACAUACAGACAGAAGAGAAGUGAAUAUCUUGUGAAAAAGGGGGAAGUCUUGCUUUUAGCCCUGAGAAUGGGUGUAGGUCUCUUAAAAUUCAUAUAAAAGUUGGACAUUCUGUACCAAUCUCCCUUUUUUGAAAUAUACAAUUCUGCUGAAAAAAACAUUUGUGA